CUUCCCCUCUUUUGCGUAAUAAGUACGCCAUUAUAAUUUCGUUAUGCUUUCACGAUCUUUCAUCAAUUUCAUGUAGACCAUAACCCAAGUCCUUGAAAACCAGGACUGACAAGAUGGACAUUGCAAUGGGGUUUUCACGCUUGGAUUGGGUCCUAAUCUUUUUGGUCCCGUUAUUGCAACUUUCUGACGGGCUACUACACAAGGAGCAAACCCAAAUAACCAACAAUACCCACUUUGACUACAUUAUUCUAGGUGGGGGAACGGCGGGCAUUGUGGUUGCAUCGAGACUGUCUGAGGAUCCACACAUCACUGUUGCAGUCAUUGAAGCAGGAGAUUUCGAGAGAAACAAUCCCAACGUAACGACCAUCACUGAACUCGGCGUAGCACAAAAAACACGUGUUGAUUGGCAAUAUGAAAGUGCUCCCCUAAUUUUCGCAGACAAUCAAAGUCUUGAAUGGAGUGCUGGAAAGGGGCUUGGCGGCUCAAGUCUAAUCAAUGGAAUGACCUAUAUUCGCCCUGCCAGUUCCCAAAUGGAUCUCUGGCCUUCAAUAGGUCUGGAGCUGGAUUGGGCCAAGUUGUUUGCUUUCUCGAAGAAAGGAGAACAUUUCCAGCCUCCAUCAGCUUCCCUCACUGCUCUAGGCGCCUCUUACCAACCAUUUGAUCAUGACUUCCGUGGUCCGCUUAAAACAUGCAUUUCUCCACUAAUGACGAGUGGCAUUAUACACGAUAUCUUAAAUUCUACUUUCAAAAAUCUAGGAAUUCCUCCCAGGCAUGAAUUUGACGGCGGCGAGCUAAGAGGCUUUGGAACUCAAGCGUGCACCCAAGAUUCGGUUGCCGAGGUCAGGGAAGAUGCAGCUCGGGCGUACUACUAUCCUGUGAUGGAUCGCCAAAAUUUGGUUAUCAUGGUCAAUACAACAGCUACCAGGAUUUUAUGGUCCCCAGAAAACCCAGAAGGAAUCGCAAUUGCUUCCGCCGCCGAGGUUAGCAGCCAGAAUGGGGAUGUUUCGACGAUAUACGCGAACCGCGAAAUUAUUCUUUCAGCGGGCGCAUUCAGAAGCCCUGCAAUUCUAGAGAACUCUGGGAUCGGCAAUCCAUCAGUCCUGUCUCAGCAGUCCAUUGACGUUAAGGUUGAUCUUCCCUCAGUGGGCGAGAACUUCCAAGAUCAGACUGUGCUCUCCGUGUCCGCCGAGAUAACGCAGAACUUCACUGGCUUUCCCCCUUUCGUCGCACAUAUCUCGUUGCACGAUCUUUUUGGCUCGAACACCUCAUCCAUCUUCAAUUCGACUCUGGCCAAGAUACCAGGCUAUGCCGCAACGAUCGCGGCCCAGAAUGGAGGGGCAAGUAAUGCCUCUGUGCAACAACACCUCCUUGAAACCCAACUAUAUCUCCUUCUGAAGUCGAACACACCAGCCGUCGAGAUCGCGCCUAUCGUACUUAACAAUCUCAUUUUCCCCGUCUUCUGGCCUCUUCAGCCCUUCAGCAGAGGAAGUGUGCAUAUAAACAGCACAAACAGAACCAAACAGCCAUUGAUCGAUCCUAAAUUCUUUCAAUUCGACUUUGACGGACAGAUGGCGGUUGCAACAACAAAAUACGCUCGCAAUUUCCUUACAACCGCACCCCUCUCUGGAAUUGUCAAUGCAUCAACAAUCACUCCCAGCUUCGAACUCGUGCCCGAAGAUGCAAGUGACGAAGUCUGGCUGGAUUGGAUCAAAACGAAGUCUUCCUUUCAACCUAAUUUUCAUCACUUGGGAACAUGUGCAAUGUUGCCGAAGACGAGUGGCGGUGUUGUAGACAACGACUUCAAGGUGUACGGAACAGGUAAUGUCCGUGUGGUGGAUUUGAGCAUAGUUCCACUUCAAGUAGCGGGACACUCGACGUCACUGCUAUACGGUAUUGCAGAGUGGGCGUCGGAAAAAAUUAAACGGGAUGGACGGAAUAUAACCGUAGUGUAAUGAAACCAAUAUUGAGAGAAGUAACCAGCUAUAGGUUGGCUAUCUUUUAACAGCGUCGACUGUUUCGCAUAUCGUGACAAAGGACGCGAGUCGGCUUCAAUCUUGGAAAUUGAAGGUAAAGAGUAUUGGAACAAGAUAGAUACUGUGGGGCUGAGAUCAAGGCCUUAUUUUCAGUCUCUUUCUCAGUGGCGCUGGUUAGCUGUGGCUAGCUCUAUAUUCUCUAAAUCUGUACGAAUAGCAGGUGCAGUCCAUAAACUAAGGCUGCCAUACCUGAGUAACAUGCCAUUCAUGAAUGGUGGG